CAUUCGUCCAGUGGAGUUUAGUCCCCUGUCAAAACUCCUUCACCAUGUCACAUCAAACAUCCCCACAAAAGCUUCACCUCUCCUCUCUCAUCCCGCUUCCAUAUGGCUCAUCAGCCUCAUCACCAUCCCUCCAAAACAAUGACGACCGCAAUCCUGCAACGCUAACCUCCACCAACACAAGCGACAAAAACCACAAGACAAAUCUCAGGUCCAGAGAGAGAAGAGGAAAGGCCAGGGAAAGAGGAAGGGAAAGCAACAUGGAUCCCUUCGAGGUGCGCAUUCGCUUCACGCAGCAUCUGCAGCAUCUGAAUGCCAGUGUGACGAGCGCGAACAAGGCGGCGCAGUAUGCCUUGAAGUUUCGGGAUAUGGAUGAGGAUUUGCACAAUUGUAUUUUGGAGCAGUUGGAGCGGGUGGGUUCCCUUUGACUUUGUUCCAUUUACUUUGCGAAGCACACGCGCUGAUGAAUGAAUAGAAUUCCAUGAAUAACCGUGCGAAUAUUAUGUAUUUCAUUGAACACCUUUGUGAUAUGGCAGCUAGAGAGAAGCAUCACGAUUACGUUCGCAUGAUGCAACGGGAUAUUUUGAGGAUUGUGGAUGCGGUUGCGCCAGAAGAUGGAUCUGGAGCUGCGAAUGUUAAGGUGGUGCGAAAGGUAUGUUUCCAUAGCCCUCCAAUCUCUUCAACCAGAGGACCACCGAAGGAAAGUCCAACCCGAAAGUAAAACAGCCAUACUAACACAAAAUAGGUCCUCCAAGCCCUGACCCAAAAGACCUACCUCCUCCCCCAAACCCUCCUCGAAAUCGAAGAAUGUCUCAUCUCCCGCGACACACACAGCCAUCCCUCCUCGCCGACCUCCCCUGUGGACGUCGAGAUGUCUGGUGUUCCCUACCGACCCUCUAUCUCCAAACCCCCCAAACUUGAUAAAAAGCAGGUCGAGCAGAGAAUAGAAGAGGACCGCGAGAGACACAAGAGGUUACGCGAGAAUAUCUGGGCGAUUUCGAAUCCCGAGGGUGGCGAUAGGGAGUUCAACAAGAUGUGGGAGGAGACUAGCGAUGUUGGAGAGGACGACUUCUUGCUGUACGAGGAAGAGGCGGUGGAGAGAGGGGUAUGUGCCGGGGAGUGGAGGGAGGAGUUUUUAAAGAUGCAUGGGGGUUUAGGGGAGGUUUAGGGUGCGAGGUUGUAAAUUGAUCCGAGGGGAGAAUAUGGGUUAAUUAGAACGCAUGGAUGAGGCCGUCUUUUCGAGCAUCUAGCUCGUGAGUAUUCAUGGCGUUUUUGGGCUGCAUCGCGUUGGCGUUAGGGAGUAUUUGAUGGGGGCGUUCUUGCAUAGAUGCAGUGGGUGAAAUUAGUUGGGAGAUACGAUGCAAAUGGCAUAUGGGCAAGUACCUAUUCAAGGCAUAUUCUACAUAUUUACUAUUCUUUGUAUCCGCUCUCAUCUUUCCUUUCAGUCUCAAUUUUCUCAAUUUUGUCUCUCUUCCUUGCUAAACUCUCAUUCGUACUAAUGGUAUUUCGAAGAGUUUUUCAAAUGCUUGUUCUAAGUCAGUCUAACGAGAUAAAAUAUAUGUAUAUAUGUUAUACGGAUAUAUAUCCGAUGUGCCUUCUGUUAUAUUCUAUACAAAUCAG